AUGGCGGAGCCGCGCCGGGUGCCGUUGAUCAGCCUGUCACCCGUGAGGCGCCGCGAGGCCGGGAGCCCGGCGCUGGAGCGGGAGCCGGAGCCGCCGCCGCCGCCGCCGGUGGUGGCGGCGGCGGCGGCGGGCCGCGAGGCGCCGCUGGCGGAGCCGCCGCACGAAGCCUCCCGGCCGGAGCCGCCGCCGCCGAUGCCGCCCCGGGAGAGCGGAGCCCGCCUGGAGCCGCCCCGAGAGCCCCCCCGGCCCGAGCCGCAGCCGCAGCGGGAGCCCCCCCGGCCCGAGCCGCCGCCGCCGCAGCAGCUGCCGCCGCCGCCGCCGCCGCGCCAGGGCAGCCGGCAGGAGCCGCCGCCGCCGCAGGAGGCGCUCCCGCUCCGCCAGACGGUCCGCCUGGAGGUGGUGCUGAAGGACCCCACCGAGGAGGGCUGCGUGGAGUUCAGCUACCCGGAGCUGCUGCUCUGCGGGGACUCGCGGAAGAAGUCAGUUCACUCAGAAGAUCCUUUUAAUGAUGAACAACGUGAACGGCAUGAAGUGGAAAUGCUAGCCAAGAAGUUUGAGGCAAAAUAUAGUGGAAAGCCCCACAAACAUCGGAAGGAUCGCCUGCAGGAUCUAAUUGAUAUAGGUUAUGGUUAUGAUGAAACAGACCCUUUCAUUGAUAAUUCUGAAGCAUAUGAUGAAUUGGUUCCUGCAUCCCUGACAACCAAAUAUGGAGGGUUUUAUAUCAACACUGGUACACUGCAGUUCCGCCAGGCGUCUGACUCAGAGGAUGAAGACUUUGCAGAAGAUAAGAAGCAUAGGCCACCUAAAAUAGCAAAGUUAAAAGAAAGUGAAGAUCGUGGAAUGAAGAAGCGCAAGCGGAAAGAUGAAGGGACGGAAAAGGAGAAGAAGCCUCGGAAAAUGAAAGUUCCUAAGCAGUUGGGAGUAAUGGCCUUAAAUUCACACAAGUCUGAAAAGAAGAAAAAGAAAUUUUAUAAAGACUCACUCUCUCUGGCUGCCAUGAUCCGUAAAUUUCAAAAGGAGAAGGAAGCCAUGAGGAAGAAGGAAUCUAGUCCAAAACCUCCAGUGACUAUUGCAACCUCUACCCCUAGUAAAAUUCCUUCUUCCUCUCUCAGUGCAGGAAAUGAUAUCUCUGACUUGAAUCUUAGGAUCAAUGAUCCUGUCCUCUCCAUUUUUGGUAGCACAAAUGAACGUGAGCUCCUGCAAGAAGCUGAAAGUGCCCUGGAGAUGUUGGGAGACAUUGACUUUGACAAGUUGCUUGAUGGCACUUCUGAUGGCAGCCCAGUAUCUGAGCUGUCAGGAGAAAAUGGAAAUGUCACUCAGGCAACCUACACCUCUCAGGUCAUGACACCCAAGCAGGUGCCUGCCCUCCCAGAAGGUCUGCCUAUGCUACUUGAAAAGCGCAUUGGAGACCUUCGAACAGCCGCCAAGAUGUUUGAUGAAGAAGGCAGGAAGAAGUUUUUCACACAAGACAUGAAUAAUAUUCUGCUGGAUAUUGAGCUACAGUUACAGGAGAUAAAUCCUGCCAUCCGCAAUGGAGUGUACUCUCACCUUGAGGCUUUUGUGCCAUGCAAUAAGGACACACUGAUAAAGCGUCUGAAGAAGUUACACCUCAAUGUCCAGGAUGACCGCUUGAGAGAACCACUGCAAAAGUUGAAACUGGCUGUCAGUAAUGUCAUGCCUGAACAGUUAUGCAAAUACCAAGAGGAUUGUCAGGCCCGCAAUCAAGCUAAGAAUGCUAAGUUGCAAGCAGAAGAUGAACGAGAGAAGAAUGGAUCAGAGGAAGAUGAUGAUGAGAAACCUGGAAAGAGGGUUGUGGGGCCCAGAAAGAAGUUUCAUUGGGAUGACACAGUGAGGUCUCUGUUGUGUAAUCUUGUUAAGAUCAAGCUGGGAUGCUAUGAGCUAGAGCCAAAUAGAAGUCAGUCUGCUGAAGAUUACCUCAAAACCUUUAUGGAAACAGAAGUGAAACCACUUUGGCCUAAAGGCUGGAUGCAGGCAAGGAUGCUUUUUAAAGAAAGUCGGAGUGUUCACAAUCACCUCACUUCUGCUCCGGCAAAGAAGAAGGUGAUUCUGGCACCUAAACCCAAAGCGAAGGACUCCAGUCCAAAGAAAGAACAGAAAACCUGUACGUCUUCAGUCAAUUCAACUUGUGCUACUACACUGAGUACCAGCGCACCGGUCUGCACCCCAGCCAGCUCUAGCUGCACACCAGCUCCAGAGACUAUCUGCUUGGACGACUCACUGGAUGAAGACCUCUCUUUCCACCCACCAUCACUGGACUCUAUUUCUGAUGCUCUGGCAGUUAUCAAUAAUGGUGCCAAGGGAUCACCUCUUGGAUCCACCAUAGAGACACCAACAUCCAGACCUCGCCCUGGACUGAGGGAAGAGAAACUGGCAAGCAUUAUGAGCAAGUUGCCCCUGGCAACUUCAAAGAAAGUAGAGCCCACUCAAACACCCCAUUCAUCAAGUCUUAUUGCUGGUCACACGGGGCCAGUACCAAAGAAACCCCAGGACUUAGUUCACACUGGUAUCUCUUCAGGCCUUAUUGCUGGAUCUUCAAUUCAAAAUCCUAAGGUUUCCUUAGAGCCUUUGCCAGCCAAGCUUCUUCAGCAAGGACUACAGAGGUCAAGUCAGAUCCAAGCUGCUUCUUCCUCUUCACAGACCCAUGUUUCUUCCUCUAAGACCCAAGCAGCUAUUUCCACCUCCUCUCAAAGACCCAAGGAUGCUAAUAUCCUGGUAUCAUCUUCUGAGAUUCAAGGUGGUUCUUCCUCAACAUCACAAAUGACAAAGGUGCACCAGCAUUCAGCUGUACAGCAGAAAUAUGUAUCUCCUUUACAAGCAACUAUUAGUAAAUCACAGACCAAUCCAGUGGUGAAAUUGAGCAGUAAUCCCAAACUGACCUGCUCAUCACCAGUCAUCAAGGCUCAAGAGAAGUCUGUAGUGUAUCGCCUACCUUUGUCUAACCCCUCAUCUGGAAGUGGCUCUCAAGUAUCUCACCCACUGGUUUCUCGGACAACAUCCAGCACCUCUACCUCUAGUAACUAUUUAGCCAAGGCUAUGGUGUCACAGGUUUCUUCCCAGGGUUUCAAGCCUCCCUUCUCCAUGGCUGCCUCUCCUAAACCUGCUGCCUCUCCCAAGCCCACUGCAUCUAAGCCCUCUGUGACACCCAAGCCCAAUGCAUCGCCUAAAUUUUCAUCUAAGUCCACCUCAUCCCCCAGGCCUGCAACAACACCCAGUUCUUCCAGUUCAAGUGCACUAGUUUCCCAGAGUAGUCACUCCAGCAACAACCCCCUUCAUAAACAAACCAGUGGUGUAAAUAUCAGCAGGCAGUCUCCCACAAUGAAUUUGCUGCCCUCUAAUCGCACCUCAGGCCUUCAGCCUGCAAAGAACCCUCAGGCUUCUUCAAAAUUGCCCAACUCUUCUCCUUCUGGAACUGUUGGUAAAAAUAACUUGGGUGGAGUUGGAAUGAAUGUACCUGCCAGCAGAGGCAGUAACCUUAACUCAAGUGGAGCUAGUAGGACUAGUCUGUCUGGGGGAGCAGGAAGUGGAACACAGGGUGCUACUAAACAAUUGUCAACUCCACACAGACCAUCUUCUGCCUCAGGGUCUCCAGUUGUAGCAGCCAGUGUGCAGUCAACAGCAGGAGCAUCAUUACUGGCUAACGCCUCACCUCUGACGCUCAUGGCAUCUCCCCUGUCCGUAACCAGUCAGAAUGUGACGUCUGCACCAUUAACUCCUUUCGGGAUGCUGGGUGGCCUUGUUCCUGUGACCGUGCCCUUCCAGUUUCCCUUGGAGCUGCUUGGCUUUGGGACGGACACAGCUGGAGUGACAACCACCUCGGGAUCUACCUCAGCGGCUUUCCACCACAGCCUAACUCAGAACUUACUGAAGGGUUUACAGCCAGGUGCUCAGCACGCAGCAACGCUGUCUCACUCACCUCUGCCUGCUCACUUGCAGCAAGCUUACACAGAUGGAGGCCAAAGUAAAGGGGACACUAAGUUACAGCGGAAAAACCAGUGACUUCUAGACAAGCAAGGGAGCUGAAGCAGUUCUGGUUGGCUGACAGAAUCUGCCCAGUUGGGAAAGUGCUUAUUGUCACAGGGCUGCUGUUUCUGUCGAUGUUUACAUAUUCUGAUCCCAAGCACUGUGGUGAGAGGAAGAAGAAAAAGAAAACAAUACUUGAUCAAAGAGAGAAGGAAAAGGGGGACUGGUGCUCCUGGUCAUGCAGACUGGUCAUAGUUUGAUCUUGCCUAAAGAAACAAACGUUUUUUUCAUCUGUUCUGAUUGGCUUUUAAAAGAAAUUGAUUGUCAAACCCACAGCAGCACAAACAUUUUUUUUCUGGGUAAUGUCCAAUAAAGAGUUGAAAGCAUGAGAGGAGCUAGAAUAGGUCUCUCCAUCCAUUGGGUGAGGUGGAAUCAUCUACUUCACGAGUUCCUGAAGUGCCCCAUGUAAGAUUAUAUGCAGGUCCUGAGUGUACCGUGUGGUUGUGGACCAAAGGUUAUACAGAUUAGAAGUGGUGCUGGGAUACUUUGUAUUUAAAACCUUACAGAAAUGCAGUUUGUGAUGUGGGCAUUUUUUCAGCUUUACAAGACUAUUUGGCUAUAGAGAGCCUAUGGAUGUAUGCAGUCUCAGUUCCAGAGAGCUGUCUUCAAAUGAAAACAGAUCUCCUGGUACAUGAGAUGUGAGAGACAGGCUACUGGGAAACCCUUUGCUCCUUGUUUAUUUUUUUCUUCGUUUUAACAUGACUCUUACAUAGGGAGGAAGGGUGUGUGGAAAUUUUUCAUCAUACGUAAAAAGGAAACCAACAUUUUAUUGGUCACACUAGCAUUUCUUUCCCACAUCCUUUUUUUUAAAGGCAUGCUAGGACUCUUUCAGUCCCUCCAUUUGUUAAACUUUCCUUUCCCUUGUGCUUAUCUGCUACUGAAAUUUAGUAAUGUUCUAUCACAUCUUUCAUAAAAUACAGUUAGUUCUUUACCCAUUCUAGAUCUUCCUCAUCUGUCACGUAACUCUUCCCAAAAGCCAUGCAUUAUCCUGAUUUGCUAGUAAAAGAGAGCUGAAUGUGACUUACUCCAGAGCCAGGUUAAUACUGCUUCAGGCAUUAGCCAAAGAGGAGUCGUUCAAAAGCGACCAGAGGUGCCUUCUCUUCUGGGGCUGAAUGGAUCGUCUCCAGCAUUUCCAGCCCCUGCUGGCCUGGAGAGUUUCCAACCUGAACUGUUCCUUACAUGGUAGCACAAAACUGCAAAGCUGGCUAUUUUUUUAUAGCAAUACAUGGACUGGUUCAUUUGUAAGGUUAGGAAGUAUCCAGCACAUGUUGCACUUUUGACAUUAGGACAGAACUUUGCUGUUGAGUCCCUUGUGCUGUUAGAUAAAAGAUGAGAAUGACAGAAACUGAAAUAAAUCCUAGGGGAAAGACGCAACUAAAAUGAUAUGAUGCCCUUCUCCUUCAACCCUGAAACAUUCCUGAUCAGAGAUGCUGAAAUUCCUACUAGCUAGUCUUUCCAGUAGUUUGAGGUGAGUUUGAACCAGUGACUACUGGUCAUCUCAUCUUCCAGAGAUACCUUGACCAUGGAUAAUGAAUCUUCAGUGUUUUUGCUAGAUUAACUUAUAGCUUUCAGGUUACUUUUACAUGUGACUUAUUUUUCUUAGACCAGAGAACAAUUUCUUUUCUAUUUAGAGCUCAUUUUAAUUUUAUAUAAAUAUAUAUAUAUAUACAUGAAUCUAAAAUAAUAUAUAUUGUGUAUUUAGUAUAAAGAUGUUGGGUUGAGCUCAGCAAUAAAUGUUUUUGCACAACACUUCUGUGAAAGACACAUUGAAUUAAAAUAAGAUUCAUUAGUUCAUGAAUUUCACUCCAUAGCAUCAGUUAACUAGAUGCCUUUUAGCUAAUGCUAAUGUUUUGUAUGUGGCAUGUUGAUUAGAUAAGCUUGCAUCUUAGUCAAGGUUAUUUAGAGUUGAAACAUACAGCUACAUAGACUCUUGCAUUCCUACUAACGUGCAAAUUCUAUUGAACAUUAAGUACCACAACCUAUUUAGAGUGCAAGCUUUAUGUGAUUUUUCUUUUUCUCCAGGAAGGGUUGAAGGAAGAAAACUUUUUUUUGAGGCCUAAGAGAACGUUGAUUUUUUUUUUCUGAAUUGUCAAACCUGAUACUUUUAAACAACCUGUGUAGCUAAGGGAGUUGCAGCAGUGAGCCAUCAAGCAGCAAUAUAUUAAAAACAAAACACACAAAAUAACCCACCAAAAAAACAAAAUGUCCUAAGAGUUCUACCUCUUCUGUGUUUUCUUCAUCAAAGCAUCUCAUCCAAAUUUACAUCUCUUGUCUUCGUAGUUGCUAAAUGAAAGUUCAGUUGGGAGACUUGUGGCCCUUUAUAAUAACAGCACAAACUUCCUUUCAACAUCCCUCCCUCUCUUUCUGUAGGUACGACUCACCUUCAGUUAAGGGAUAUCCUCUCCAAACCUUGAGGAUAGGAAGUAGUCCUGUCUGUAUGGCCUGUUGAGCUUCUCAGUUUUUGGAAAUGAGUAAACUAAUACUGAUGGUGAGAAUAAAGAUGACCAUACAGUCUUUGUGCCAGUUCAGACAGUCCCCCAGCGGGUAACUCGCCUUCAGUCAUUGUACUGCUGAGCUGCUUUGGAAUCAGCAACAUAGUGAUGAAGGGGUCGGUGUUGCCUUUUCCCUGUUCUUGUGUGUUAAACCUAGCAAGGCCAAAUUAAAGGGAAUAAUAGGGUGGCUCCCAGAGACAUUUUUGGUUAGCACAAACAGGGUGGGGAAGUGAAAAUUUUCUGCAAUGUCCAAAUGCAAAACUAGGUUAAUGUUUUACUAUUUUCUGCACAGCAGCUCUCCUAAAAACAUUUCCCCCAGUUUUUUACUACUUUUUAAGGGCCUCUGGUAAUAAAUAAACUGUAGUUGUACAUACUAAGUAACCCUCAGUAUUCACAAGCAAUAAGAAAGCCAAGUAGAGCUGUCUUUUCCAGGCAGCAGGGCUGAACUCGGUUUGGGGUCUGUAUAUGAGCUAGCUUGUCAAGCUCACUGAAAGCCCCAAACGAAUGCAAGCAAUAAUUUCACACACAGGUCUUAGAUGUUAAAACCCUCUGAGUAAUAUUUUCAGCUACGUGAUCCAAAGUCCCCAAAGUCAUGGUAGCUAUUGUAAAUCCUUCUGAGACACUUGCGAAGUAAGAAAGAAGGCGGCAGGCUACAUGAAAAACAGGCUGCAAAAUUUCUGAUACCUUGGACUGUAACUGCAGUGUUCUCCUACUCCAAGAUGGCCUAAAUCACUUUGUCCAGCCUUCUCUGAUGAUUCAAGAUACAUGACUAAUACUGAGUGAGUCACAAGUGUGGAUGCUGUGGGUUUCACAUCUGUUUUCUGCUAAUCAGAAGUAACUUUUAAUUACUUGGGUUCUGCUUCUUGUUUGAAUCCAAUCAAAGUUGUCUGAUGCACAGAAUUGGGGGGUGGGACAGGUGCCAAGAGCCUGUUUCCUUCCUCAGUCCCAUCACCUGACCCUUCCUCCACACUCCUUCUCCACUUGGUGCAAGACCCUUGAGGACAUGAAAACAGAAAUCCUGCAACUCUCCCAAGCUGCCAUCAGUUGUGUGAACCAUUAACCCUCUGGGAGUCAUCUUGGACUCCGACUAACUUUAUCACAUUUGCUGCUACAUUCAUAAAAUGAACUUUUAGCUGUAUUUAUUAGCAAAUUUUAAUCUAGUUUACAGUUUGUUUGGUUUUCUUUUGAGUAGUUUUUGCCCACAGAUGGAUUAGAAGUAUUGGGGUGUUUGGGUUGUUUUUUUUUUUUUUUUUUGAGUGAAUUGCUAAAGGCACAGUGGUCCCUCUGCUGUUUUUGUUUUGGAUUUUUUUUUUUGCAGAUGGAAUUGCAGGAAAACCUGCAGUCAGGCUAAGCUGUGGAAGGCUUCUUCCCACACCUACCUUUAAUCUUUUGCUGAAUUAGGGGGAAAUCACUAAAGGGACACUUGCUUUUUGUUUGUUUCAUAAAAUGAUCCAGAAAGUGAAAGCAGUAGGUAAAUGACUGAUUAAUUAACACUUUAUGCAAUUUUAAUUUUAUAGAAAUUAAAAAGUUGGUAGCUUUUUGAUUGGUCCUAGCUCUGGUGAAAUGGCUGUUACCCUCCAUGACUUACUUGAUUCAGGCCUUUGUCCUUUGUUUAAGUGCCUUUUUUUAUUUUAUUUCCCUACCCUCUUAAACUGUUCUCAGAGAUCCUGAAGUGCUGGAAGGCAUUUUGGAGGAAAAUCUUAAGCUUGCCAAGAUAGAUGGCUUUAUGCUGUUAUACUAUUUUUCCCUUUUGUAAAAAAAAAAAGAAAAAAAGUGUGUAAUGUAUGUGACUUCGUAGCUGCUGUACCAUGGCGUUGGUUCUGUAUGCUUGUGCUUUCUUUCUCUCACGCUCACACACGUGUGCGCACACGUACAUACACAGCAAUAUUCCCGAGAAUCCCAUAACCGUGUUCAUCCUCCUAUGUUCUGCUGGCGCUGUUAAACAUUUACAUACAAAAGGGGAACUUUUGGGCAAAGAUGGCAGUACAAUAAAAGCGUGCGUGUGUGAAUGUGUAAAUGCGUGUGAGAGAAAGGAAGUGGCUAAUGAGAUUGAAACCUGUUAUAUUUUUCUCUGGAGGUUUUAAAUUUGGGUCUUAAUUCACAAGUACAGCUGACAACUUUAAAUACCGGACCGCUUCACACUAUUACUGAACUUGAGGCAAAGAUGUGUGGCUAACGUAACUGAAAGAAGUGGGGAAAGAAGAAGGUUAAAAUAGCUUGUAACAAUUUUGAGUUGAGAUGAACUGCAAGGAAUCUUGUGUAUGGCUAGCCAUGUCUGCUUGGCACUGGUUAUUGCAAGGAUUCUUACAUUUACCAAAGCUGUCACUUCCUACCAGGCAUCACGUGUGAGAAGGAACUUGGUAUAAACUGCAAGAAUGCAGCUGCUCUUUGAAGUUAAACCUGACUAUACUUCACAAGCUGCCUGAAUCAUUCACCUUUGAGUACUUUUCUCGCUGUACUUUUUCUUGCUGAGAUUUCAUUAAUGGUUUGUUCUCUUAAAAUAAUGAACAGUAAGUUCGUGUAUUGUUGGCUGCAAGUGAACACUCAAAUAGUGUCUGUGCUUGUUUGCUUGUUCUCUGACAGAAUCAGUGAUCUGUAAUAGAUCUUCUAAUGAUUUUAACUAUUCUGUGCUGAGGAUACAUCUAACUUACUAUUAUUAUAAACACGCAUACCUGAAAUUAGCAAUUCAUUUCUAAACUUAAGUUAACUUAUGUAAGCAUCACCAGACUGUGCUAGUUCUGUGAUGUUUCCACUGGGGGAGAUCUAAUUUUGAGUUGCAAUCUGAAAAGGAAGUGUUUACCUUCUCUUUUCAGAAACCAGAGUAGGAAUGGCUAGAAGAGUCCUUCAUACGUCAGUGGAGAGCCCAUCUAGAGAACCAACAGUAAGAUACCAAAUGCAACAUGUUCCUGUGGCAGAAAAUAGCCUAACUGCUAUUCCAGUUAUCACAUUCAAAUGAACCUGUUGAAAUGAGGCCAUAGGUAGAUUUCUUUUACUGAUCUAACAGUGCUGGGGAUAGUACUAUUGCUGGUAGCUUGGUCAGUUGGAGUGAGAGCGCGUCCUAAUCUGCCUUAGGUGAGUGUGAGAGAGUUACUUCUGUAGUUAGCCACAUCCACCCGUGGCAGUGACUUGCGGUGACUGGGCUCCUCUGUUGCUGUUCAGUCCCUCUCAGGCACGUGUGCUCUUUAUUCUAUGCUGAUCUGAAAGUUUGGAAAUCUACAGCUGGCACUGCUGGUUGACUGUUGUGGUGUUUUUAACACCUGUGGCUGUUCUAAAAAUCACUGUCAGUCUGAUGCUGCUUAAAAAAUCACUGCCAAAAUAAGCAGCAGAAGUAGCCUGGCUUAGCCACUGGAAAUAUAACCAAACGUUGUUGGGCGAUACUCUGGUUGUGGAAACGUCUGGUGCGGUUCCAUCCUUUUUCUGUGACCCAAUGAUUCCUUGCUGCUGUAAUAGCCUUUUGGGGCCACAGGAUGCCCCGCUGCUGCUAUGUGUUAUGCUGAGAGAUCAGCAUGGCCUGGAACUGGGGAUGCACAAAGAUUCCCUAUGGCCAUUUUUGCACACUCCUCGUAAGUGAUACUGUGCUGAUCUUGUCAGUUGUGGAGGAUAUAGGUCUGUUAUUUUGUAGACAUUUUUUGACAGCUAUAAUUCUACAGAGCAACUCUAGGAAAAAAAAAAAAAAAAACGCUUCGUUUUGUAUGUAGAAGUGAAUUUCAGCCUCUUCCCUUGCCAUGUCUCCUGUUUAUUUAAUAACCAUUAACUAAGAAGUUUUUCUUUAUGCUGAAGUAAUCCAAAACAAGCAGUGCACAUUGUCUUCUAUCAUGCUCAUUACUAAAGUUUUUUUUUUUGGCCCAGCAGCAUGUGCAGAUGUAUUUUUUGAACAGAUUCAGUUAACGUUUGUUACUGUCCGGUACCAAGAGAAAAAGGCAAGAGAAUCAAACCAAACCAGUCAGGAGAUACCACUGCUGCAGGCCAAACCAAGUAGCUGCUGAGGCAGCCAGAGCUGCUUUGAGACUUCUCAGAUUUCACUAGUAGAGUGGGAGGUGGGGGAAGAAACUUUCUUGUGUUCUCAGCUUUCUCCAGAUAAGGCCUUAGUUUGAUUAGUAGUCAAUAAUAUCAACUAUGCAGAUAAGUAUUCUUUACAUGUCUCAGUGUUACAUGCAUUCCUUCCCCCAGCUACCCUGUUAAUACAUGUUGAAAUUUUACCCAAAGAAAAUGGAAUAUUUUUUGAAUGUCUGUACUGCAGAACUCUUUUUGCUACAGUGAAGAAAGAAGUUUGUAUUUCAGAAAAGAAACCCUUUUGCUGGUGCAACACCUAGUGUCAAGUGUCAUGAAGUUGCUUCAAGAGGGAAGCUAAAAUCACUUGUGACAAGUCUUAGUCUGAGAGCUUUCAGAAUAUUCAGCUCUCAAAAUGGGUUUAAAGAAGCCGCAGCAAUGUUGUUUUUUUAAUGUACUGAUUGGAUUUGGGGAGAAGCUAAUGAGAUCCCGUGUUUCCUUCCAAUAUCAGAAGUAAAGUAAACCAUUUCCUCACUUAAAUGAAGUUGCUUCUAAACAAGAGGAGGUAUCAGCUACCCAGUAGCUGGAUCUUCAAAUAAAAGCUAAUUUGUGAUUCCCCAGGUAUUUCUCACUGAUCCUGUAGUCUUGUAUGUAACUACAAAUAACAAUUUAGCUCAGAGGUGAGAACUGUAGUGUGUGUUUUAUUGCCAGUAAUUCCAUCAUGUAGCAAUUAGUACCAUGUUCUUGCAUAGUUCUCAAGGUCCCUGUUGGAAAUAGAUGGAGAAAUAUUUUUGGACUACUGUUUAAAAAAAAAAAUACAAAAAUCAUUAAUGCUAUUUUCCCCAAAAAGUCUACUGAGCAGCGUUAUAUUUUAGCCGUUAAACUAGUACCCUUGUUCUGUGAUUUGUCUCUUGUAGUCUUCUUUUUACUGAGGGUUAGAAGCAUUUCGUGAGUAAUCCUUAAAAUGUUGAUAUUUUCUAGCUUAAAGUCAGGUGCUUACAAUAAAAGGGCAUCUGUGAUUAUAACUUCUGAUGAUACAAAAGCACUAUGUUACGAAUAUUUCAUUGAAAAUACAGGUGUGGGUUGCAAGUCCCUUCAGUUCUGCCUGGUAACGAGGCUUAAUCAAGAGCAGAGCUUCCACAUCAAUUCCUGCCCACCCAGCCAAGGGCAGUGGGGGUCCUCCCACAGACAGGUUUGGCCUCUGUAUCCUUUGUUGUCACAUUUGGCAUAUAUAUUUUUAGCAACUUUGGAUAUAGCCAGCUUAACCCUACCUGACUUGCUGAUCCCCAGGAGAAUGAAGGAGGCUAUGUAAAGUGAACAGCUGAGAAACCGGUGGGCCGAGCGUUCUCCUGCCCUGCUCUGUGUAGCUCAGAGCAGUCAGCCAGUCAGUUGCCUGAGCAUUUUGUUACAAGCAAAACUAAAACCUUUGUAGUCCUCUGCUUCAAGCAAAGGAACGCGCAGCUACUAAGAGAUGGCAAACCUCUUGAGUUAGUGACUCCUGUGAUGCUCUACUCAGUCCCACGUGAAUUUGUAUCAGGUCACCUUCCUCCUUUUAUUACUUCCGUAUUUCAGAUCAUAGGGCUUAGUGACAGAGAGGAUCCUAACAGCCACGUGCUUACCUGGUUGAGCUCUCCAGAGAAACUCCCCUGCGAAAUGCUCCCCUCUUGUGACAGCAAGCCUGAACAACCAAAUGCAGCUACAUUUGGGUGAUUAGCACCACUUUCAUUUGGAUUUUAGGGAGGCGUGUUCCACUAACUUCAAGGGAUACUGUGUUUUAAAUGUGUGAUUUCCUUCCUCUCUCCUUAUAAAACUGGACCUGAACACAAAUUUUGAGUUGUUGCUUUUUUUUUUUUUUGGUAAUAA